AUGUGUUUGUGUCUUUCAGGACGCUCGGGGCGUAUGAAGCCUCGGAUCGCAAAACAAUUUUUAAAAAAGUUCCGUUACAAAGGCGACACAAUAUGUCCGAGCGGCAUGUUCCGUUGUCCCGAGGGCAAGUGUAUUCCGGCUCUCUGGGUGUGCAACUAUCAGAGGGACUGCGAGAAGGGAGAGGACGAGUUCCAGUCGUGUCCUCCUCCGGAGUGCGAGGCUGGUCAGCUGACGUGCGGCCAGUACGUGUGGAACAAGACGUACUGCAUCCCGCCUCACUACCGGUGUGACAUGCACGUGGACUGUGUCGACGGAACCGACGAGGCUGACUGCACGUACCGCAAGUGUCAGACUGAAGACUUCCAGUGUGGUAUGGAAGGGGCGGCGGCUGGCAAGAUCUCCUCACAGGGACCCUGUAUACCAAAAGAAAAGAAAUGUGACGGGUAUUUAGACUGUAGGACGGGUAAGGACGAGCAGGAUUGUCCGGGACAGAGCAUCGCGUGUCGGUUGGAUCAGUUCAAAUGUGCGUCCGGAGACAAGUGUGUGGACGCGUCCGCUAAGUGUGACCACAAGGACGACUGUGGAGAUAACUCGGAUGAAGCACACUGCAGCUUCCCCCCGUGUCACAUCGGUCAGUUCCGUUGCGGCACGGCUCUCUGUAUCCCGGCCAGCUACCGCUGUGACGGCUACAGGGACUGCUCCGACGGUACCGAUGAGAGGAACUGCAGCGCCAUCGCCUGUCCCGACAACAAGUACCUGUGUCCGCGAGGCGCGCCGGGCGGCGAGCACAAGUGUAUCGCGAGGUCCCAGCUGUGUGACAACAAGCGGGACUGUGAGGACGGAGCUGAUGAGGAGGCUGCCUGCUCGACGUUGUCUUGUCCGGCGUUGGAGUGUGAGUACAAGUGUGUCGCGUCGCCGGCGGGAGGAGCGUGUGCGUGCGGCAGCGGACUGAUGCUGGGCGCGGACAACAAGACGUGCGUGGACCGGGACGAGUGUCGGGAGUGGGGGCCCUGCCACCAGCUGUGUGUCAACACGCCCGGCUCUUACAACUGUGCGUGUGCUCCGGGGUACACGCUGGGUACACGCGGCGACUGUCUGAGUGCUGGUGGAGCCUGGCUGGCCCUGGCUCACGAGCGAGGCGUCCUGCGCCUGGAGCUGCCCGCGCCCUCCCCGUCGCCCGCCGCCCCGCUCCGCCCUCCCUCCACACUCGCCAACGCCACCGCGACCGGCAUCGACUACCACUACAGGAGGAACCUGCUUUUCUGGUCCGAUGUCAAAACUAGAAAGAUCCACUCGAUGCAACUGAACGCGCCGGUGGGUUCCAACUACGUGGGCAGCGACAUCUCCGUGGCGGGGUCGUGGGCGCCCGUGGCGCUGGCCGUGGACUGGGUCGGGGACAAGCUGUACGUAGCGGACGCGCUCGGACAGAAGAUUGACGUGUUCGAGCUGGACGGACGCUGGCACGCCGUGGUGCUGGGCUCCAACCUCACCAGCCCCGCCGACCUGGCGCUCGACCCCACGCUCGGCCUCAUGUUCGUGGCCGACAGCAGUCAGAUCGUUCGCGCCAACAUGGACGGCACCAACGUCAAAGCCAUAGUGUCCGAAGCGACUUACAAAGCGUCCGGCAUAGCCGUGGACACGAUCGCUCGGCGAAUAUUCUGGUGCGACUCUCUCUUGGACUACAUCGAAACCGUGGACUACGACGGCAACUACCGCUUCCUGGUGCUCCGCGGACAGCAGGUGCCCAGUCCCAACAGAUUGGCUCUCUUCGAGGACAGAGUGUACUGGUCCGACAGCACCAAGCAGGGCGUCAGUUCCGUCAACAAGUACGAGGGGUCGUCGAGCAUCCAGUCGAUAUACAAGACGAAGGACAUAAGGGAACCCAAAGCUCUGACGGUCGUGCACUCGCUGAAGCAGACCUCGGUCAACAACCCGUGCGGCAACAACAACGGAGGCUGUUCACAGAUGUGUAUAGUGACCGCGCUGUUCAUGGCCGGCCUGGGGUACAGGUGCGCCUGUAACGUGGGCUACAGGCUGGAAGCGGACCUGAGGAAUUGUGAUAUUGUGAAGGAGUUCCUUAUGUAUUCCCAGCAGAGAUUCAUUAAAGGAAAAGUAUUGAACCCUGUCAUUGAGGGUUUCAGCGAUGCGAUACUGCCCGUCGUGUCGAGGAGGGCUCGCUUCGUCGGUCUCGAUUUCGAUGCUCGCGAUGAACAUAUUUAUUACUCCGACGUUUUACAAGAUGUUAUAUACAGAGUCCACCGGAACGGAACCACGAGAGAAAUCGUGUUAGCGUCGCAGAACGAGGGCGUUGAAGGAUUGGCUGUGGAUUGGGCUUCGAAGAACUUGUAUUACAUUGAUUCCAGGAAAGGAACCCUAAAUGUUUUAUCUACAAGGAAUUUUUCGUAUAAACGGACGUUACUGAAAGAUCUUAAAAGACCUCGUGCAAUUGUAGUGCAUCCUAAUAGAGGCUAUAUAUUCUUUUCUGAAUGGGACCGACCGGCGAACAUCAGCCGGGCGAAUACCGACGGUACCGGGCUCUUGGUAUUCGAGAACGUGACGUUAGGCUGGCCGAACGGUCUAUCCAUCGAUUUCGAAGCUGACAGAGUUUACUGGUGCGACGCGCUCCUAGAUCAUGUCCAACACGCAAAAUUGGACGGGACGGACGUGAAAACGGUGAACUCCAGACUGAUAAGGCAUCCCUUCUCGAUAGUGAUCCACAAAGAGUUCCUGUACAUAACGGAUUGGAGACUCGACGCCAUCGUGCGGCUCCACAAGCUGACCGGCGAGAAAGAGGACAUCAUGGUGCGCGAGCCUCAGACGAACAGACUCUACGGAGUGAAGGUGUACAGCGAGGAGAUCCAGAAGAUAGACCCGAUGCAGCCGUGCGCCCACAACAACGGCAACUGCCAGAAGUUUUGCUUCGCGGUGCCUCGCAACAACACCGAGCUGCUGACGGUGCGCUGCGGCUGUCCGUACGGCGAGCGGCCCACGGCGGACGGGCGCUGCGAGCCCGACCCGCACGCCGAGCCUCCUCAGCCCGCCUGCCCCAAUGCCUGGGACUUCACCUGCGACAACCAGCGCUGUGUGCCGCGCUCCUGGCUGUGUGACGGAGACGACGACUGCCUCGACAACAGCGACGAGAUGCAGAACUGUACCAAAACGACGUGCAGCGCGUCGGAGUUCAUGUGCAAGUCUGGUCGAUGUAUACCGGCCACAUUCAAGUGUGACUCCGAGAAUGACUGCGGCGACUUUUCGGACGAGGUCGGGUGUGUCAACGUAACCUGCUCGGCUUCGCAGUUCCAGUGUGGAAACGGACGCUGCGUCCCCAACACUUGGAAGUGUGACUCGGAGAACGACUGCGGAGAUGGAAGCGACGAGGGCUCACACUGUGCUGAUAAGACGUGCGCUUACUUCCAAUUCACAUGUCCGCGCACGGGCCACUGUAUCCCGGCGUCGUGGGUGUGCGACGGAGACGACGACUGCUUCGACAAGCAGGACGAGGCGGACUGUCCUCCCGUGGCGUGCCUCGCCUCGCAGUUCAAGUGUGCGGACCUGAAGCAGUGCGUGCAGGAGGCGUACAAGUGCGACGGCAUCCCGGACUGCAACGACGGCUCGGACGAGGCGGGCUGCCCCGCCCUGGCACCGCACCAGUGCGCGCCCGAGAGACAGUUCCAGUGCGUGGCGUCCGGGCUGUGCGUACCUCGCACCUGGUACUGCGACGGCACGCCCGACUGCGAGGACCUGUCAGACGAGCCGGCCGGCUGCGGGGCCAGCGCGUGCGGCGCCGGACACUUCCGCUGUGACAACGGACGGUGCGUGUUCCGCGCCGCCGUAUGUGACGGACGGGACGACUGCGGGGACGGCUCCGACGAGGGACUGCAGCACGCCUGCAAGCCACCACCCUUCCGGUGUCCUUCUGGUCAAUGGCAGUGUCCGGGUGUAUCGAAUCGGUGCGUCAAUAUUACACAAGUUUGUGACCGUAACUUUGACUGCCCGAACGGAGCCGAUGAAGGACCAGCCUGUGAUUUUGAUAACUGUCAACGAGGCGCCACUCUCUGUAACGAAUGUAUUCAAACGCCCGAAGGCCCUCUCUGUCUGUGUCCCAGCGGAGAGGAGUUAGAGAGCAACGGGUACACGUGUAAAGACAUCGAUGAGUGUAACCCGCCCGGGCUGUGCUCGCAGGUGUGCACCAACACCAAGCGCUCCUACUUCUGUAGCUGUGUCGACGGGUACCAGCUGGCUCCAGACAAACACAGCUGCAAAGCCAACAAUCAUUCCAGUGCCUUCCUCAUUAUUUCAAACAGACAUUCGAUCCUAGUCGCAGAUCUGGACGAACAAGGACUCGAAAGGGUACCGAUAAAUGUCGAAAACGUGGUCGCCACCGCCUCCAAUAUGCACACGGGAACCAUAUUCUGGUCCGACAUGAAACUCAAGAAGAUAUCACGAUUAGAUCGCGGCAGUGAACCGCAAGUGAUAAUAUCCACUGGACUAGACCUAGUGGAGGGACUAGCGUACGACUGGGUGGGAGGAAACAUUUAUUGGUUGGACAGCAAACUCAACACUAUCGAAGUCGCGAAAGAAGACGGCAGCGCGAGAACAGCCUUACUGAGCGGAAACAUCACUCAGCCGAGAGGCAUGUGUCUCGACCCCGCGCCCACCGCGAGGUGGCUGUUCUGGACGGACUGGGGCGAGAACCCGCGCAUCGAAAGAGUCGGAAUGGAUGGGACGCAGCGUAUGGCUAUCAUUAACACCAAAAUUUACUGGCCGAAUGGUUUGACACUAGAUACAGCUACGCAAAGAGUUUACUUUGCCGAUUCUAAAUUAGAUUUUAUCGAUUUCUGCUAUUACAACGGUACCGGUAGACAGCAAGUCUUGGCUGGAAGUCACUACUUACUACAUCCACACUCGUUGACUCUGUUCGAGGACACGUUGUAUUGGACUGAUCGCCAACUGAACAGGGUGUUGUCGGCUCAUAAGUUUAAGGGCACGAACCAAACCGUGGUGUCACAUCUGAUCUCUCAGCCGCUCUCCAUCCACGUACAUCAUCCGUCGCUGCAGCCUCAGUAUCCAUCGCCCUGCACCAAGGACUCGUGUCAACAUCUGUGCUUGUUGAGUCCAAAUCAAUCGAUCCCUUACACCUGCAUGUGCAAACCUGGAUAUAAAUUGCUGCCUGAUGGCAAAUGUAUCGAAGAGGAAUCGGCGUAUUUGAUGGUUCUGAAGGGAUCGCAAAUAAUAGACCUGAGUCCAGACGGUUCAGGACGAGCUGGACAGCUACCACCUGUUGUUGGUAUACAAGGAGGGAUACAACUGGACUACGACCGUCAAGGACACAUGCUGUACUGGCUUCAAGCUAUUAACGCCGAAAAUGAAGACGAUGGAAAUUACACUAUAUACAGCAUGCCUUACGGCGGUGGUAAUAAGGUUGAAUUUACUGGACAAGACACUGGAAUCGUCGGAUCUCCAUCAGCUAUAGCCUUUGACUGGCUCGGAAGAAAUCUAUUCAUUGCCAAUAAAGCUGCCAGCAACAUUGAAUUAAUUCGAGUCGAUGGAAAAGUUAAAUACAGGACUAUUGUAUUUGCAAAUGACGGUAGCAAAACAUCAAUCGCUAAACCUAAAGGGUUAUGUCUAGACCCGACAGAAGGAAAAAUAUAUUGGUCGGACGAAGGUGGCUACGGUGUGCCUGCAAAGAUUGGUAAAGUCAACAUGGACGGAACGAAUCCCGUCAUUCUCGUUAACAGUAUCGAGAGACCUGAAGCGGUGACCAUUGACGUCGAUAAGAAAAUUGUCUACUUCAGUACUCAGUACCCUGCUAGCAUAAAUAGCGUUAAUACAGAAGGCAAUGACAGAAAAACUAUCCUCAGUGAAGCUAACGCUAUAGCCUACCCGAAGGUCAUAGCGGUCCUCGAUUCCCGUCUGUAUGUACUGGACACACAAUAUGAAAAGAUAUUCAAAGCCGACCUUCCUAACGGCGAUAACAUCAAGGUUAUAUUGGACAACGAAAGUGACUUGAAAUCCCUGACUAUAUUCCAAAAGAGAAAGAUGAUACAUCAUCCGUGUACGCAGAACAAUGGUGGAUGUGAACAAAUCUGUAUUCCCAGUGAGGGCAGGUCGCGAGUGUGUGGCUGCUCGAUCGGAUACAGAAAAGAGAACGAAGUCAACUGUGUUCCGUAUAAAACGUUCGCGGUCGUAUCACAACUGGAUCUCAUACGAGGCUACAGUCUCGAGGGCAGUGCGGAGGCCAUGAUCCCUGUUACUGGUCAAGGACACUACAUACUGCACGUUGAUGUUCAUUUUGCUGAGAAUUACAUUUAUUGGAUAGAAUUUAAUAGAGGUCAGUGGAACGGUAUUUUCCGUAUUAGACCUAACGGCUCGGAACUUCAACAUGUUAUAAAAGAUGGUAUAGGCAGUAAUGGAAUUCGAGGCUUGGCCAUAGAUUGGGUAGCUGGAAACCUGUACUUCACCAACGUGUUCCCGCAUGAAAAUUAUGUUGAAAUGUCUUGGCUUGAUGGCACAAAUAGAAAGGUUAUUGUUAAGACAACCAUGGAUGCUCCAAGAGAAUUGGCUGUAAAUCCAUUAAAAAGGCUUCUGUAUUGGAUAGAUUAUGGUCAAUAUCCUCGCAUUGGAAAAGCUUACCUCGACGGUAGCAAUUGGCAGACAGUCGUUAGUUCAGGAAUAUCUAACCCCAGAGAUCUAACCAUAGACAUGCUCACUCACGACGUGUAUUGGGUGGAUUCUAAACUAGAUCAAAUACAAAAAAUAUCUUACAAUGGAGGCAAUAGACAACUUAUUAGAUCAAACUUACCGAACGUAAUGGGUAUCGCUAUACACACUUCUAGUGUAUACUGGGUCGAUAGAAAUCUGCAAACUGUUUACAAAGCUUCGAAACUCCCUGGUAAUAUGUCAAUGCCCGAAAAACUACGAACAAACUUGCCGAAGUUGCGUGAUAUUGUCAUAUUUGACAUUAAUAACCAACCCAACGAUGAAAGUAAUCCAUGCCGAAAGCUUGGCAACGGAGGAUGUGAUCAACUCUGUUUCAGUUACCCGCCUGAAGCUAACAAAGGCUAUACUCACAGAUGUGACUGUGCAAUCGGACAGAUAUCUGCAACUAAUCCUAAAAAGUGUGAUGUUGUUGAUGAGUAUUUAGUAUUCACGACCAGGACUGAGAUACGCUCUGUUAAUUUAGAUCCGAAAUCUACUGGUGUGCCGUUUAAACCUAUUGGAAAUCUCACAAAUGUUGUGGGAGUUGAAUUCGAUUAUGCGGAUAACAAGUUAUUCUUUACUCAAAUAAGACCCUGGGCUAGAAUAGCCUGGAUGCCAGCAAAUGAUCCGAAUCCCUCGGCUAUUCAAAAUAUUAUAUCUAAGAACAUUAAUCCAGAAGGAAUAUCAUACGACUGGACGCAAAAGAAAGUUUACUGGACUGAUAGUUCUAAUAAUUCUAUUUACGCUAUGAAUUUGGAUGGCUCGGAACUAGUUAUGAUUGCGAGAGUAGAACGACCUAGAGCAAUAGUUGUUGAUCCGUGCAAUGGAACUUUAUAUUAUACUGAUUGGGGACGAUUUGGAACAUCGGGAAAAAUAUACAGAACCACAAUGGCAGGUUCUCUUAAAAAAGCAAUCAUAGAUAAAGACCUGUCACAACCGAGCGGAUUGACCAUCGAUUUUGAUGACAAUAUGUUAUAUUGGACUGAUGCCGUAAGGGAAAAGAUCGAACGUUCUAAAUUAGACGGCUCAGAUCGGGAAGUUCUUAUUUCAGCAACUAUUUAUCCUUUUGCCAUCACAGUAUUUGGCGAUUACAUUUACUGGACCGAUUUACAAUUACGAGGCGUCUAUAGAGCUGAGAAACAUACCGGAGCCAACAUGGUCGAAAUUGUGAAGCGGUUGGAAGAUUCGCCCCGAGAUAUACAUAUUUACAGUACAAGCAGACAAAAGUGUCAAAAGAAUCCAUGUAAAAUAAGCAAUGGAGGUUGUGCGCAUAGUUGCCAUCCUGCACCAAACAACACAGUAGAAUGUAAAUGCGAUGACAACACAAAGUUAGUCAACGAAGGUAGAAUGUGUGUUGCUAAAAAUUUAACAUGUGAUGCUAGCAAAUUCUUCUGUGCUAACGGAAAGUGUAUAAGCCGAAUGUGGUCUUGCGAUGGUGAUGACGAUUGUGGUGAUAAUUCGGAUGAGGAUAAGAACUACUGCGCUUAUCACUCCUGCUCUCCUAACGAAUUCCGUUGCAAUAACGGACGCUGCAUAUUUAAAACAUGGAAAUGCGACCAUGAAAACGAUUGUAAAGAUGGCUCAGACGAAGAAGGCUGUGUAUAUCCCCCAUGCGCAGAUGGCGAGUUUACAUGUCUUAAUUCACGUUGCAUACCAAAGACGCAAGUGUGUAACGGUAUCAACGACUGUAAAGACAAUGUUACAUCGGACGAAACUCAUGAAAUGUGUCCCAGGAAUACGACAUGUCCGGCUAAUCAUCUGAAAUGUGAAAAAACAAAUAUCUGUGUCGAACCUUACUGGCUGUGUGAUGGUGACAACGAUUGUGGCGACAAUUCAGAUGAAGAUCCUCUACACUGUGCGCAACGAACCUGCCCACAAAACAGUUUCCGUUGUCCUAAUCACAGAUGCAUACCGGCGACUUGGUAUUGUGACGGAGAUGACGACUGUGGCGAUGGUGCCGAUGAACCUCCAGAAUAUUGUCGAUCUGAAGGACGAACAUGCUUCGGUGAUCUAUUUACGUGUGAUAACGGUAAUUGUAUUCCUAGAAUUUAUAUCUGUGAUGGUGAAAAUGAUUGUCUCGACAAUAGUGAUGAAGAUAGCAGACACCAAUGUAACGAUAGAAAAUGUGAUGCGGAAACGGAAUACACGUGCGAAGAAAACAAAUUCUGGGGCAGAGCUCAGUGUAUUCCUAAAAAAUGGUUAUGUGAUGGAGAUCCUGAUUGCAUAGAUGGUGCAGAUGAAAACUCAACCAUACAUCAUUGCUCCACACCGACUCCCUGUUCUGAAGAUCAAUUCCAAUGUAACAAUGGACGUUGUAUAAAUGAAGGCUGGGUUUGUGACCACGAUAAUGAUUGUGGUGAUGGCUCGGAUGAAGGAAAACAAUGUAACACUCAGUACAAACAAUGUUCAGCACAAGAAUUCAGAUGUCAAAACUUCAAAUGCAUAAGAACACACUUUAGGUGCGACGGUGAAGACGAUUGUGGAGAUCACUCUGAUGAAGUUGACUGUAUGAAGGAAAAUAAGACCUGUCCCACGGGACAAUUUAAAUGUAACAACAACCAAUGCAUAGACAACAGACUUGUUUGUAAUAAAGUUUCGGAUUGUACCGACGACUCCGAUGAACCAGCUCACUGUAACGUGGACGAAUGUGCAAAAUUAGAAAUACACCAAUGCGGCCAUAAGUGUAUUGACACACUUACCGGUUACUAUUGUGAGUGUAAUCAAGGUUAUAAAUUAUUGUCUGAUGGCAAAGCGUGUGCUGACAUUGACGAGUGCCUUGAAACACCCGGAGUUUGUUCUCAAUAUUGCUCUAAUACUCCUGGCUCAUAUUAUUGUAAAUGUAAUGAACAAUAUUAUGAGAGAGAAGCCGAUGAACAUACCUGCAAAAGGAAAGACAACACUACGGCUUGGAUUAUAUUCACAAAUAAAUAUUAUGUAAGAAAUAUGUCCACAGAUGCAAGUCUUUACAACCUUAUGCAUCAAGAUUUAAUGAAUGUAGUUGCUAUUGAUUUUGAUGUUAAAGAACAUAAGAUGUACUUUGCCGAUGUAUCUGCAAAAACCAUAUAUAGGUCUGAUUAUACUGAUCCUAACCCGACAAAAGAAAUUGUAAUAAGACAUGACUCACAUGGUUUGGAAGGUAUCGCCGUUGAUUGGAUAGGACGGAAACUUUACUGGCUGGAUCGACACUCAAAGAAUUUAGAUGUAUCAGAAUUGGACGGCACUAGAAGGAAAACGCUAAAGACCGGUAUAGCUGACCCUCGAGCAAUAGUUGUUCAUCCGGGUACUGGAUAUUUGUACUAUACAUCCUGGCACUUACAAGCAUACAUUGGAAAGAUGGGAAUGGACGGUUCGAACUACACUGUAAUAUUGAAUUGGGAAGACGAUAUUGCCUGGCCAAACGCGCUUACCAUUGACUAUUUUACAGAUAGAAUUUAUUGGGCUGACGCUCAUCUUGAUUACAUCGGUUCUGCUGACUUAGAAGGAAAACAUAGGCAUAUAGUCCUUUCAGGAACCAAAGUCCCUCACGUUUUUGCCCUAAGUCUAUUUGACGAUGAAAUUUAUUGGACGGACUGGAAUUUGAAAGCUAUUAGUAAAGCAAAUAAACAUUCAGGUGAAAAUUUAACAAUACUAAGAAACACUACACAUCGACCCUACGAUAUUCAUAUUGUUCACCCUCUAAGACAACUUCCUUAUAAUAAUCCUUGCGGCACUAAUAACGGAGGUUGCUCCCAUCUAUGUCUCAUAGCUCCACCGUACAUAUCUAGCUACCUCAAUAUCGAGGGAUACGGUGAAGAGGGUGCUACUACAUUUAAAUGCGCAUGUCCUAAUCAGUUUUAUUUAGCACGGGACCAAAAAACUUGCAUCGCUAACUGCACUAAUGGACAACACAGAUGUAACGGUCGGGAUGAAAAAUGUAUUCCUUGGUUCUGGAAAUGUGAUGGCGAAAAAGAUUGUGCAGACGGUUCUGACGAACCUGACACUUGUCCAGUAAGACAUUGCCGAGCCGGCUCCUUCCAAUGUAAAAAUACUAACUGUACUCCAGCGGCAACAAUAUGUGAUGGCACAGACGAUUGUGGCGACGGAAGUGAUGAAGCACAAUGCGCUCACGAAUGUCCUCUUCUAGAAUUCAAGUGCAAAUCAAGCGGCCGGUGUAUUUUAGACAGUUGGAAAUGUGACGGUGACACAGAUUGUAAAGAUAACAGUGAUGAAGACCCAGCGAUGUGUCACAAUCGACCUUGUAACCCUGACACUGAAUUCGCUUGCAAAAAUGGUCGUUGUAUACCAAAGCUGUGGAUGUGUGAUUUCGACAAUGAUUGUGGAGAUGAUUCUGAUGAACCGGCUUAUAUGUGCAGACAGAAAAAUUGUACCAACGGCUGGAGGCGCUGUCCGGGACAGAGUAACUAUAGAUGUAUACCAAAAUGGUUGUUCUGUGACGGCAAAGACGAUUGCCGAGACGGUUCAGAUGAACUUCCGCAGAAUUGUCCCACAUGUAAUAGUGAAACCGAUUUCACUUGUCAAAACAACCGAUGCAUACCAAAACAAUGGCUGUGUGACUUUACUGAUGACUGUGGAGAUGGAAGCGACGAAGUCGAAUCCGUGUGCCAACAUAAUUAUAGAGAAUGUUCUGAAUCGGAGUUCAAAUGUGGAAACGGAAAAUGUAUUUCAUCUAGAUGGCGCUGCGACCAUGAAGAUGAUUGUGGCGAUAAUACUGAUGAAAUGGAAUGUGGUGGAUUUAAAUGUAAAAACGGAACAUUCCAGUGCAAAUCGGGACAUUGUAUUGCAGCUUACUUUAGAUGCGAUGGCGACCGGGAUUGUAGGGACUUGUCUGACGAAAUCGGUUGUCCUCCAAGGUUCCCCGGUGGAAGAUACUGUCCUGAGAGCAGAUUCCAGUGCAGCAAUAAUCUCUGCGUGGCUCAGUCUGAUUUAUGUGAUGGAACAGACGAUUGUGGCGACGGUUCGGACGAGACACCUUCCAUCUGUACAAACUUCAAUUGUGACACUCUCCGACGCUUCCAUUGCGAUAAUCAUCGUUGUGUACCAAGGUAUCAAGUGUGUGACGGCGUGGACAACUGCGGCGAUGGCUCUGAUGAGAACAACAUGACGUUAUGCGCGGCUCGUAGUAAGCCGUGCGACCCGUUGACACAGUUCCAGUGCGCCAACCGACAGUGUGUGAAUCGAGAAAAACUUUGCGACCUGGCUGACGACUGCGGGGACGGCUCUGAUGAAUUGGGUUGUCAUCACGCGCACUCCUGCUCACUGCAAGAUAAAGGAGGUUGUGAGCAUUUCUGCACCAAUCUUACACUACCGGACAGCACUGUUCCUGGCACCGGCGGGUACAUCUGCACGUGCUUCCAAGGCUGGAUCAUAUCGAAGGCGGACAGUAAACGCUGUACCGACGUCGACGAGUGCGCUACGGGCGCCCAUCACUGUUCACACAUCUGCACCAACCUUAACGGCAGCUAUAGCUGCAGUUGCAAAGAUGGCUUCAGGUUGGCAGAUAGCUUAUCAGGAAUAUGCAAAGUUAUGGAAGAUGAAGUUGUAUUGAUGUUCGCCAACGGACCGGAAAUUCGAGCUUUCGUCCAAGAUAAAAAUGAGGAAUUCGAUGUCAUUACUUCCGAAAAGAGGAUAGAAGCGAUCGACUACGACCCCAAACAAGAAAUGGUGUUCUGGGCCGACAGCUACGACAAGACUAUCAAGAGAUCAUACAUGGUCAACGCUCUCAACGGACAAGUUAAAAGCGGUUUCGCUCAGGACCUCAACAUGAAAGGCAACUCAAAACCGACGGCCCUAGCCGUGGAUUACAUCGGAGAGAACUUAUACUGGACCGAGACGGAUAGAACUGGAGCGAAACCGAGAGGUCGAGUUAUGGUGGCGAGAACAGACGGCAGAUAUAGGCGGGCCUUAGUAUCGGCAGGCAUCGAAAGUCCUACAUCUUUGGCUUUAGCUCCACAGUUAGGGAAAAUGUAUUGGACAGACGCCGGGUCGGCGCCCAAGAUCGAGAUCGCUUGGAUGGACGGCUCACAGAGACGACCCAUCAUAACUGAAAACAUUCGUCACCCGACGGGCUUAGCGAUCGACCAAGCCAUGGACCACGCUAUAUACUGGGCGGACGCCAAACUUAACACCAUAGAGAUGAUGAAGCACGAUGGCACCAAUCGCAAAGUUAUACUGAAAGGAGACUUCUUGAAGCAUCCUUUGUCCCUCGACGUGUUCGAGUCCUCGCUGUACUGGGUGACGAGAGACACAGGCGAGCUCGUGAGACAGGACAAGUUCGGACGAGGAGUGCCAUUAGUCAUAUCGAAAGAUCUAGUCAACCCGUCCGCCGUGAAAGUGUAUCACCCUCGCCGCUACAACUCCACGGGCGCGUGUGCUCGCUCCCCGUGCUCCCACCUGUGUCUGGGCGUCCCCCGCGGCCGGCGCUGCGCCUGUCCCGACACACUCACACCACCCAAACGAGCCGCGCUGGAGCUCGUCUGUGAUGCCGCGGUGGAGCCAAGCCGUCCCCUGCCGCGCGUGUGUCCGUGUGAGAACGGCGGCACAUGUACCGAGGGUCCGGACGGCCUGCAGUGUUCGUGCCGCGCGCCCCUGCAGCCUCCGUUGUGCCUGUCAGCGGCGGCCGUGACCCGCGCCGCGCCCGCCGCCGUGUUGGUGCCGGCGCUGCUGGUGCUGGUGCUGCUGGUGGCCGUGGCCGCCGCUUGGUUCGUCAUACGGAAGAGACCCUUCGGUAAGGGCGGUCUGGGCAGCCUGGCGUCGUCUCAGAGCGUGUCGUUCCGCGCUGGCUCCAACGUGGAGUUCGGCGGAGUGGGGACGCCAGUGACGGCGGGCGGCGCGGGGGACGCGUACGCUCUAGACGAGCCCGCGAGGAAGGGGAGAGACUUCAGCAACCCCAUGUACGAAGCGGUCACCCGCGUCGCGGCCGCCGGCGAGCCUGAACCACCGUUACCGGGUAUCUACGAAGUUCCAGAAGAGAUCAAAGACAAGGUGGUGUCGGCGGUGAUCUCCCCGUCGUCCACGGAGACCCGCAGCACGCGCCGGCCCCGCGCGCUCGACCCGGCCGCCGACACCGGCCAGGACACGGCGCAGCUCGUGAGGGAGGACCGACACUAG